AUCUCACUGGGGAAAUUAAUUAAAACUACAGACAGGUGCAAGGUUCCCUCCUAUCAUAGGUCUGCACAUAAACAACUCUCUGCUGAGCCUUACACUUCUUCAAGCUACACUCACCUGUAUAUCUGCUGCUUAGAGUUGAACUACUCACUAUGCCGAGCAAGCUAGAGGGUGCCAUGGAUGCUCUUAUCACUGUAUUUCACAACUACUCUGGAAACGAAGGGGACAAGAAUAAGCUUAACAAGGGUGAACUUAAAGAGCUGUUAAACAGCGAGCUCACUGAUUUCUUACGGUCUCAGAAAGAUCCAAUGCUGGUGGAGAAGAUAAUGAAUGACUUGGACUCCAACAAAGACAAUGAAGUUGACUUCAAUGAAUUUGUUGUACUUGUGGCAGCACUCACAGUAGCAUGUAAUGACUUCUUUCAAGAGCAACAAAAAAAGAAGGGCAAUUAAUGUAAUAUUAUACACAUAAAACAUUAUAUGUCUGCCAAAAUGUGAACAUAAAGCAAAGAGAACAUAUUAGACUUUUAUUUGAAUUUGAACACUAAAAUCAUUUGUGUUACAUUACACAUUCCUUCUUGCACUACACGUUCGUUCAUUCAUCCACAUUUUUCUUACGUUUGCAUUUAUUGUUAUAUCUGUAGUUCAAUUAAUUGGC